GCCCGGCCCUGCCGUGCUCUCCUUCCCUCCCCUCGGCCCCGGUUUUGCUCCGGGGAAGGUUUUUUCGACACCGCUCCCGGGGAGCCAGCUGGGCGGGGUGGGAGCGCUGGCUCGGCGCAGGGGACGGGAGCAUCCUGGACCCGCUGGCAGCAUCCCCGAGCCAGGGGCCGACCUUCUUCCCCCAUCUCACAGCCAGCCAAGAGCUUCUCGACGGCGGCGGCUCCCCGUGCUCGUGGUGCCUUGCAGCCAGCCCCCGGAGGAGCCUCCUCCCCGAGCCCUGCGCCCAAAUCCCCAGGUGACAGGGGCCGGGCGCUCGUCCCCAGCCCGUGCCAGGUGGCCGUCCCCGCACGCCGCCAGCCCAGCUGGCGUUAUUUACCCAACAGCGGCAUCCGGGCUCCAGCCCUCCUUUAUUGCACCCGGAGGAGAGCGAGGGCUGGGCAGCGGCUCCAAAGGGCUUCGAGCGCUGGAGAGGUCCCGGCGGAGCUGAGCGGCGGCGGGGCAGCUCUGGCAGCGGGGCUCAGCGUUGUCCCCAGGGUGUCCCCAGGUUGCCACUCCCCUGGGAAGGUGCGCUGCUGCCUGUGGGCAGAUUUGCAUGCGUCCUGACCGCCGCCUGCGCAGCUGAGGUCAGCGCUGCCUCGAGCUGGUGAUGGAGACAUGGGGGGGUCGCGCGGCCGACGGCGUCCCCUCGAGCCCCGGCUGCUGGCCCUGCUCCUCAUCGCCGCAGGCACCGCAGGCACCCAGCCGCAGCCGGUGAGCGGGGUCCGGGGGCGCUCGGUGCUGCUGUCCCCGGCGCUGCCCAACAGCAGCAGCGUGAAGAGGGUCGAAUGGUACUUCAGGGCUGGCGCCGGUAAAAAAUUUCAAGUGGCGGAGUUUGGCCCGGAGGGGUUCCAUCGCCCCGACCCCCACGACCGCUUCAAGCAGCGGCUGGAGAUGCUCAACGCGACGGCGCUGAGGAUCGGGGGCCUGGAGCUGGGCGACAGCGGGGUCUACGAGGUGCAGAUCAAAUACAACAGCACGGUGGAAGUGGACGACCCGUCCUUCAACCUCUCCGUCUACGAGCCUGUGCCGAUGCCGCUGAUCCAGCACCAGCUCCACUCCCGCAGCGCCCAGGGCUGCAACGUCACCCUGCGGUGCUCGCUGCCCCCCGGGAGCCCCGCUCAGGCCUCCUGGCAGCUCGGGGACGCCUCGGGGACGCCGUGGGGACAGAGCUUGGACGGCCAGACCCUGCAGCUGGCCAUCCCCGCCAGCGCCCUCAAUGCCACCUACACCUGCGUGGCUCGAAGCCCUGCCGAGGAGCAGAGCUGCUCCGUCAACGUCAAGGCCCUGUGCGAGCACGAGGCAGGCAGGCAGAGGUGGUACAUCUGCCUGGGGGUGCUGGCCGCCGUCGUGGGACCGCUGACCAUCCUGUUCUGCCUGCGGAGGAGGAGGAGGAGGAGGAAGGCGGCGGAGGGAGCUCGUCUCUCCCCAGCUGCCCUCAGCGUGGCGGAGGAGCCGCAGUACGCCCAGGUCCUGAGGAGAAGCCCCGCCGAGGAGGACGAGCAGCCCCCCCAGCCCCGCACCCCCCUCAAAACCAUCUACAGCGAGGUGGGGGCCGGCCUGGCCCAGCCGCAGGCCUGAGCAGCAGGACCACGGCCAGACGGACGGCGGGACAGGCGGACGGACAGGCGGACGCGCAGCCCUUUUACCCCUUUUUCGCUUUAUUUCACCCCAUUUCUGUCCCCUUCCCUCCCCAAACGCAGCGGGGCUCGGCAGGACCCCAAUAAAGGCGGUUGGAAACGG